CUUCUUCCCGGAAAGGCUGAUCUUUGACCAGAUGGCAGUAACAUUUGAAGAUGUGACUGUUAUUUUUACUUGGGAGGAGUGGAAAUUCCUGGAUUUUUCUCAAAAAAAGCUCUACAGAGAGGUCAUGUGGGAGAACUACACAAAUGUCAUGUCAGUAGGUAAAUGGCAGCAGUCCCGCAGAAUGCCAAAAAAAAGAGCAAAUUACAUGGAUUAUCCCACNNNUUCCUGCUGGCGAGGUUGGAGGAAAGCGAGCACUCAGAUACAUGAGAAUCGAAGCUAUGUAGAAAGCACUCAAGGGAUAGAUUCCAAAGGCCUAAAGCAACAAGACUUUUCUCAUUAUCAAGAAUGGUUAAUACUCUCCACACCAGUACCAGGCUGUGGGGACUAUGAACUGGCUUUUGAAGGCAAAAGUCCCAGGAACUUAAAAUAUACAAAGCUUAUACCUUGGCAGCCCUUAGAAACAAAACAGUCUCAACACUAUGGUAGAGAAAUCUACAUGAGUGAGUCACAUGGUUUUCAAGGAAACAGAAACCGUCUUGGAAUAUCCAGGAAAAAUCUCUUCAUGGAAAAAGAACAGAAGCUCAUAGUUCAGCAUUCUUAUGUCCCAAUAAAGGACACCCUUCCAGAGUACAUUGAGGAGAUAUGCCAAAAUGAUCUACUGAAAGACCCUUUGGAAGAGAAAUACUGUGGAUGUAGUAAAUGUGAAGAAAUUUAUUAUUGGAACUCACAGUGUGUUCUCCAUAAAAAAAAUCAACUUGGAGAAAAGUUCUAUCAAUGCUCCAUCAGCACAGCAUGUUUCUCUCAAGGAUCAGACUUAUACAGACAUCCAAGAUUCCACAUAGGUAAGAGGCUGCACGGAUGUGAUGAAGUUGACAGUAACUUUAGUCAGAGUUUAGGUGCUCACUUUCAUCAGAGAGUCCACACAGGGAAGGUUCCUCCUUAUAUAUGUAAUAUAUGUGGUAAGAGCUUCAGUCAGAUCUCUACUUUUCACAAUCAUCAAAGAGCCCAUACAGAAGAGAAACUCUAUGAAUUUGAGUGUGUUAAGGACCUCAGUAGAAACCCAUUACUUCACAUUCACCAGAGACUUCACAUAGGAGAGAAGCCUUUUAAGUGCCAUCAGUGUGGUAAGAGUUUUAGUCGGAGUUCAGUACUUCAUGUUCAUCAGAGAGUCCACACAGGAGAGAAACCAUAUAAAUGUGAUGAGUGUGGUAAAGGCUUCAGUCAGAGCUCAAAUCUUCGAAUUCAUCAGCUAGUCCACACAGGAGAGAAGUCCUAUAAAUGUGAUGACUGUGGUAAGGGCUUUACCCAGCGCUCAAAUCUUCAAAUUCAUCAGAGAGUGCACACAGGAGAGAAGCCUUAUAAAUGUGACGACUGUGGGAAGGACUUCAGUCACAGCUCCGAUCUUCGCAUUCAUCAGAGGGUACAUACAGGGGAGAAACCCUAUACUUGUCAUGAAUGUGGGAAGGGUUUCAGCAAGAGUUCAAAGCUUCACACGCAUCAAAGAGUACAUACUGGAGAGAAACCCUAUAAAUGUGAACAGUGUGGUAAGGGAUUCAGUCAGCGUUCACAUCUUCUCAUUCAUCAGAGAGUGCAUACAGGAGAAAAGCCCUAUAAAUGUGAUGAUUGUGGAAAGAGCUUCAGUCACAGCUCUAAUCUUCACAUUCAUCAGAGGGUCCACACAGGAGAGAAGCCUUAUCAAUGUGCUAAGUGUGGUAAGGGUUUCAGUCAUAGCUCAGCUCUUCGAAUUCAUCAAAGAGUCCACACAGGAGAGAAACCCCAUAAAUGCCAUGAGUAUUAUAGGCGAUUUGAUCAGAAUUCACAUCUUCACAAUAAGCACAGAAGAGAAACUUUAUAAUUCUGUUCAUUUAGUUAACAGAAGCUUUAAUCAAAGCUUAACCUUAAGCCCAAAAAAUGCUGCUGGGAAGAAAAUUCUAUAAAUAACCCAAGUAAUCCUAAGCAACAUUUACAGUUUCCCCUAAAACCCACUAAGAAUCAUUUGCUUCAAGAUGAGAUCCUUAGGAGGAUUCCUGUGUAUUUAAAAAAUUCAAGUGUUUCUUUUCUACUAUAAAUAUUAUAGUCAUUAUAAAAUAUGUAAAAGAUUUGAGAAAACUCUUCAUCCUGUUUCAUUCUCAUCUUUUUGUUUUCUGUGUUUUCUGUGCAUGAAAUCAUACUGUAUGCUCAACUUUGUAUUUCCACUUCAAAACAUUUACUUAACAUAUUGGUUUGAACUGAAAUUGGCUGGCUAUCUAUGAAACAGAAUAUUGACUCACCUAUAACGUCCCUAGGAAGCCACAGAAAAAAAUGAAAACACACAAAACUUGAAAUUGAAGCUGGUAGACAACCUGUUAGUCAAAUGUGCAAGAAUUAACUAUAGGGCAAGUAGAAUUCAACUGCUUAUGACAACAGAUAGGAAAACACCUGGUGACCCUUUAUCUGAGAUAGGACAGCUUAGAGAUGUUAUCUUUGUCACCCAGAAAACUCAAAAACCAUCCUUUUGUUGUAGGAGUGCUGCACUUUGAGGUUCCCACAUGCACUCGCAUCCAUCCUCCUCCCCAGCUUUCCACAUUUAUUCAUAGGUUCAGACAAGUAAUAAGAAGCACAGGAUUUAGUUUCUCUAAGUAAGGUGUGAAAGAUGUUGACAAAAUCUGACAGAAGUGAAUGCCAGAAACUAAAGAUACUCCAUAGGUUCACAGUUAAAAAUCCAAGCAGUAGAAUUUGAUUUAAUCUCAGAAGAACAGUGUGGUAACAGAGAAAUAUCUGCUAGAAACAGAAAUGAACUCAGCUAUGUGCAAAAAUGAACUCCAGCUAAUUAUGUAAGAAGAGAGAAUUUGGCCAUUAUAAAAAUGGAGUACAAAUAGUAAUACACAAGUCCCAAUUAUUGAUAUACAAAUAUGUUUGGAUAUCGCUGCCCAAGAAAAAAUAAAUUAAGUAGACCUGUGUAGGGAAAUAAGAAGAAAUUGUAAUCCAAAGAAAGGAAUAUCAUUGUAAAGACUCAGAAUCCUAUAGCCCUAAAAAUGAACUAUUUUGGUCUCCAAAAGAAAUUUUCAAAAGAAUUAGUGUCCUCAGUAGCAUGACAGAAAACCUGAAAUCAAUAAAAUGAGAGAAGUCCAUAAGUAUAGAAGAACCUCUAAGAUAAAAAACAAAUAUAUAAAAUAAAGAAGGACUACAGGGAAAUUUAAAAUACUAUAUCAAAGUGAAAGGCAACAAGGAGGAAAACUGACACUGCAGAACAUCAAAUACUGUAAUGAAUAAACUUGAGAUGAUCUUAAACGUGUAAGUAGAGGAUAAUGAGAUGGGAACAGUGAGAGAAAAAAACACAUGAAGUGCAGAGAAUAGAGAUUCCAAUGCAAGAGUGGUGUUUCUAAGGAAGAUUAAAACAUUUGGAAUACAUGUAGAAUCAAU